GGGCUGAAUUCAGAUGGGAACGCCCUUCUCCGGGGAGCCAACUUCUCGCUUCCGGUUUCACCCCUCUCCACUUACGCAGUACCGUCGUGAAACGCGUUGCCAUAGUUACCAGUAACAGGCGUUUGAUAAGGAGCGCCUGAACUUCCUCCUCGGUCCCAGUGAGCGCGCGCUGUCAACAGAGCGACAUAACAGCGCGCCACUUGCACAUCUGCAAGCCACUUCAGCUACUUGAGGAGAAGUAGAAGCUUUUGGGGGGGUUUAUCACUUGCAUCUCCCGGUAACUAUGCAGGGUAGAGGGACGUUUAUCAGCCCGUUCUCCAGACCGCGCUGCGUGGCGGCGGCGGCGGCGGCGGAGAAAACGAAACUAACUCACCCGGGAAAGGCGAUUCUGGCAGGUGGCCUCGCAGGCGGCAUCGAGAUCUGCAUCACCUUCCCUACGGAGUACGUCAAGACCCAGCUACAACUGGACGAGAAGGCCAAUCCCCCCAAAUACAGAGGAAUAGGUGACUGUGUGAAACAGACGGUUCAGGGUCACGGUGUUAAGGGGCUGUACAGAGGACUCAGCUCCCUAGUAUAUGGAUCCAUUCCCAAAUCCGCAGUCAGGUUCGGGGUGUUUGAGUUCCUCAGCAACCACGCGAGGGACGAGUCUGGUCGACUGGACAGCACCAGAGGCCUGCUCUGUGGGCUGGGAGCGGGGAUCCUGGAGGCCAUCGUGGUGGUCUGCCCCAUGGAAACUGUCAAGGUUAAAUUCAUCCAUGACCAGACUUCAGCAAACCCCAAAUACAAGGGCUUCUUCCAUGGAAUCAGAGAGAUCAUCAAAGCACAAGGAAUAAGAGGCACAUAUCAGGGUCUCACUGCCACGGUCCUCAAACAGGGCUCCAACCAAGCCAUUCGGUUCUAUGUGAUGACCUCUCUCAAGAACUGGUACAAAGGCGACGACCCCAACAGAGCCAUGAAUCCGCUGGUGACCGGGGGGUUCGGAGCCGUAGCCGGAGCAGCCAGUGUCUUUGGGAACACUCCUUUGGACGUCAUCAAGACGAGGAUGCAGGGCCUGGAAGCACAUAAAUAUAAAAGCACGAUGGACUGUGCUUCAAAGAUCCUGAGACAUGAGGGCUUAGCAGCUUUCUACAAGGGAACCGUUCCCCGGCUGGGCCGCGUGUGUCUGGACGUGGCCAUCGUCUUCAUCAUCUACGAGGAGGUGGUGAAGGUCCUCAACGUGGUCUGGAAGACGGACUGAGCCGACUUCAGGACAGGCGGCUCCCUGCUUCCUAUCAGGCAUCACAUUUGAGUUUUUUGCAGACCUGGAGUCGGUGUCGUAUGCUAACCAGUGUGUGAGCAAAGGACACGCCGGCGAAGGGGGGGCAUGGAAGAGCCUCAAAAGAGGCCUGUGUGUCGCAGUGUGUGCUAGUGUAGAGGUGGGAUUAUAAAGACGACCAUAACUGUGGCAACAUAUGCUUCAUCCUUUAUUCACCAUGGCAUUCUAUACAUGACACUAGGAUGUCCAACAUGAUUCAUUUUACAACAUUUUUGCAGAAAUAUGAACUGAUCUGGCUCCAUUCAGAAAGGUGUUACCGUUGCUUACUGUGAGUAUGCAUAUGUCAUACUGGAACUUUCUAGGGUUAGCAGGUGAUGCUCUGUUUCUUCUUAAGCCUUAUAUGGUUUAGAAUCCAGAGGAACCAGAGUGCACAUAAACUGCAGCAAAAUCACUAAGUAAGCCUUUAAUAGAUGAGUUUAAGUUUAAAUGUGUCAAUUAUUUUUAUACAGUAUAUAUUCUUAUUUAGUCGAUUGCCAGCAUUGUGGUGUAAUUGCAAAGUAUGAUACAUUUUAUUCCUGUGCCAAAUUUUGAACAUGUGUUCAGAGUAGCCUCAUGAUCGUAACAAGAGAAUAUAUGACUUAUAUUGUGACAUCGGUUAUAAAUGUAUUUAUUGCAAGAUGAAUGUUUAAUAUGGACACGGUUGAGGAUUACUAAUCCUGUGACCAGGUCUGGGUGUCAAGGUGUUUUAAAUAUACUGGGUAAAAUAUUUUAUUUCUGUACUUCACUGAGUCUAAAUGACCCAAAAACAUUUAAGUCACCAACACCAAGGUACCUCAAAGCUCUUUUUAACUCCUUAAAAGGAGUAGCCAUCCCCCGACAAAAGGGCCUCUGCUCACUGGGGAAGCAGGUUUCAUAUGUCCCCCACUUCCGAGAUACGGGAUAUCCCAAUAGAAAAGAAAGUAGAGAAAUAUCCUUCUGCUGUACCCAUUUAUUCGUUUUCUUCCAGGAAGUCUCUCUCUGGUGGAGCUGUUUGAUUUGUUGACAUGAUAUUUAACCUAUGAGGAGAGUCGCUGCUUCGUUAGCUGUAAAGGUCUUUUUAAAGUGCCUUUUGCUUAAAAAUAUCCAGUCGCAAUCUGUGUCUAUUACUGUAAUAGUUGUAAGUAUAUGCUAAUGGUUUUACUUUUUUCUGUUUGACCAAACAAAAUGCUUUUGUUCCUUGCUGCCAAAUAGCGAGGAUAAAUGUGAUUGUCACAGCGGAUCGAUGUACUCAGGCUGUGCGUAUAAUAUAUAUAAUAUGUCACGGAGCGGUGGGGGGUGGUUCAAAACUCAAUAAAACAAACAAAAAAAUUGAGAGUA